AUGGCCAUCCAGUGCGUGCUGCCGAAAGCGCCGCCGAGCGGGAUGCCGACUGAGCCAGAGCUGGCGUCGAACGCCAUCACCGUGGGCGACGCGCGGCUCGUGUGCGAGCAAGCACAGGACUUCAUCUGCGAGGCCUCGGCGGGCGCCACCUCGAUCUUGAUUCAGUUGAGCAGCCUCACCAAAGACAAGUGCGACGAUGUCUUCCUAGAGUGCCGCGAGCUGAACCCAGUGUUUACCUUCCAGGAGUUCGUGCGGAGCCCCCAGGCCCUGGCCUACGAGGCGGAUCCCACGAACGUCACCCUCUUCGAAGCUUACUUAGACAACCCGGGCACCUGCACCCUGGGCUGCUUCACAGAGCUCUUCAGCAUGAAUCAGCUGCAAACCAUGCAGAGCGAGCUCGCUGCGGCGACGGUGUCGGCGCCGACUGGAGUGUUUCAGAUGAAUGACGGCCAGUUUGACACGCAGAACUUCUGCGGCGACAAUGCAGGCCCAGCAUGCAUCCGCACGCGAGGGCUGUGCAACACGAUGCAGGAUGGGGACUUCUACAAGCAUCCCACCUGCGCCUCUGGGCAGGCUCAGUGGUCCAGGAUCGAUGAGUCUCUUCGCAUCCGGUACGAUGGUGACGAGACGAGGGGCCAGGCCGGGAAGUGGCUCCUGGAGACCGUGGCCUCCGACCUGCUCUCGAGCGGCUACGGCACCGAGAUCGCGCGCCAGCCGACGUUUAAUCCGACGCCAGCCCUUGGCGACACCAUCUGGAACCUGAAGUGCAGGCACCCCAACGGCAUUGGCGGCGAGUACAUCCAGUACCGGACCAAGAUCGUUGAGCUGGUUCCUUGCACUUGCGACUCGCUGAUCGACUGCAACGGCCGUGGGGAGGCCGUCGGCACCAAGGACACCGGGCCGAAUUGCCAGUGCAUCUGCGACCCCGAUCGCGCUGGGGAAGGCUGCGAGAUUCCCCUCUGCCAGGUCCCGGGCAUACUUAACGGACGCCAGCCAGCCUGUAAAGAGGGCGGGUGGAUCUACCCGGGGGGCACCUGCACGCCCGACUGCCAAGAGGGCUACGUGCCGUCCCACGAGAAGUUCACCUGCGACUCCGAGGGCGCCUUCCUGCUUCCCCUGGGCUUCACCUGCAACGAGGUCUGGGUGGACGAGCCCCCGAUCGACGAAUUCGGCAACACCCCGGAUUUCUACGAGUCUUCGACGACCACGCCACCGCCGGAGUGCACGGAUUUCGACUGCGUCUUCCAUGGCCAGGCAACGAAGGCCCGUCGAGAGGAUGGCAGCUGCGAGUGCAUCUGUGACGAAGGCUACACCGGCCCCCAGUGUCGGUCCAUUGUGGGCGACUGCCUGGCGCCCCUCCACAAGACCAUCCCAAACUCGGCACUCUCCACGUGCGAGGAGGGGUCCCGGCCGAACCUCGUCUGCACCGCCCGAUGCGACGAGACGUACUACGCCGUGCCAGCGACGCUGGAGUGCCAGGGCACCGAGCUGGUGCCCCCCAAGUUUCGCUGCUUUGGGGGCCCCACGACACAGGUCCUCUGGUGCGAGAUGGCCCAGACCAUCUCGCUAGUCUUCUCCGGUGUCACCGCCUUUGGCCUCAUGGUGGCGUGCGUCUGCUUCCAGCGAAAUCGCAUCCGCAGCUUCAACAACAUCCUCUACCACGACAAGCUGUUCGAGGCGCAGCAGGAUGUGCAUGGCAACUUCAACGUGGUGCGGAUGACCAAUGGCCAGGAGUAUCACAGCAAGCUUCCCCACCACCUCCUUGCCAGGGACCCGCGCCCUCCGGUGGAGGAGGACGCUCUCCGCGACGCGAUCGUCGGCGAGUCCAACUGGGCAAACUGGGGGCAGCCGACGGUGGAUCCAAUGGCCACGGCCCUGCCUGUGCAGGACCUGCGCGAGGACACCAGCACCCGGACGCCCCCGAGCGCUCCCAGUACGCAGCGGCCAAGCUUGCACGACGCAGGUCUCCCCGGCCAAGUGUCCGACGCCUUGGCCAUCGUCGCAGACCCGGGCCUAAGACGAGGAGGAGAGGUGGUGCUGAGAUACAUUGCCGGGCGGCCUGAUCUGGAUGGCGCCCACGGAUGGCUCCUGGAUUUCAGCCACGAGACUGGGCUUUGCGAAGUCGAUCUUGAGGGCAUCGAAAUCCUCAAGGACAUUCCCAUCCAGUGCCUAGAGGACGCGACGAACGUGGCAGCGGAGCAGCCCCACGCGCUGGCAGUGUCGGCGCCAGGCCCCACGAUGCUGGACACCAACUGGCUCGUUCAGAAGCGGGACUUGGAAAACAAGGUCGAAGCGAGCCGCCAGGAACGCUACAGAAAGUUCGCUUCCGAGGCGACCAAGGAGGAGUCGGAGAAGGCCGCCCGGGUCAAGGAAGCGCUCGAGCAGACGGAGGUUUUGCGACUCGACCUCGAGGAGCGGCUGCGCCUGGGCCUGCGCCACGGCGAUGCGGUCCUGCUUCGGGCAGCCAUUACGGAGACGAAGGAGCUACUCGCGCAGAAAUACCUGGCAAUCGCACCGCCCUCGACGCUGAGCGCCUUGCGUCGAGUUCUUGAAACUGCCGAGUCGCGCUUGGAGCAGUUCGAUGCCAUCCAGGAGUCGAGGCAGCGCGCGCAGGAGUACGCAGAGCGUGUCCGAACUGGCAAGGCUGCUGACUGGAAGAUGACGUCCGCAGAGCUCACCCGCUACGUGGUCGGGUGCAAUCCGGAGCGGGUGCAAGCAGGCCUCAAGGCCCAGCUGCCCGUGUUCCUUCGCUCCAGCGAUGGACAGCGCUUCACCAUUCUGCACGACGCCUGCCGCGAAGCCUGCUUGGACGAGCCCAACAGCGAGAAGGCCAACAACCGCAUCGAGGUCGUGCGGCUGUUGUGCGAAGCCCGGGCGAACAAGAAUGCGGUGGACAUGUUACCAGAGAACCUACGUAAGGAGAUGGGCGGGCCACGUGCCAAGCGCCACCCGUCGGUGCGCAAGUUAAAGGAGUCCGAGGAGGAGCCCGAGGAGGCCGAGCCGGCCGAGGCCCCGAGGGAGCCCGAGGAGCCCGGGGCGCCCAGAGGCCACUGCUUGCGCCUGCACAUGCCGACGUGGAAGUUGCGGACGUCGCUGCCGAGGCUCCGAGAUCACCUGGAACAAGGCCUGCGUACGACUUCAAGCGUGUAG